AUGCCGUUCUUUUUUCUCUGUAUCUAUAACGACGUUUUACGUAUUGUACCACAGUCGCUUGCGAAAACAUCUGAUGUAAACAAGAUUUAUUGGCAGGGAAUACAAACGUUGUCUAUGCGGGAACUAUAUCCCGGCGCCCAUGGGAAAGAUAGUAUUUUAAACUUGACAAACAAACGUGACAACAAACCGAUUGACUGGGAGAAUGGGAAUGUUAUAGUCGUCAAUGGCACGUCGGCCCCGUUUGGAGAUUCAUUUGGUUUUAGGAACAUUAUUAACUCUACCAAACUCCUCAAUAUUUGCCAAAAAUUUAAAUUGCGUCAAGUCCUAGAAGAAAGUAUCAAAAACUGCGAGGGUAUCCUGGAACGUGAAUAUCCUCUCCAGAAAGCGAAAUUUCCGGAUAAUUAUGUUCCUGUCAUGCUCUUUUUUGCCACACAACCAUAUGGUGACGAUCUUUCGGAACUACCAGACAACUGUCUACUUAUCACAAAAAAGAAUUUUGAGAAAUACUUUGGUCCCGUUUUUUCAUCACGUGCUACGUUUUUCCUUACCCAACAUAUCAAUCCUAACUUCGCGGAACCAAAAGGGAUGUGCAAAACUCUUGAUGGUGUCGGCGAGGUUACUGCUGGUGAAAUUGUUUCAAAACGGCCAUACUCUGACGAAGAGGAUUUCUAUACAAAAAAUCCACGUGUCAAGAUAACGAAAAUCCUCAGUUUUUUUCCAUGUGAUUUAUAG